ACAGACAUUAAAGCUACGGAAGGCGUGGAAAAGUGACUCUUGACUUUGAUAGGCUGCUUCCAGUUGGGGGCUACAGUAAUUCACACACACACACACCGGUUAAGUGGAGCACAAACUUACAGUCUUGGUUUUCUGUUUCGUCGUCCACGUAUUAGUACAAGUUACCACUGAGAGAAUAUGCGUGGAUCUAUUGUCUUUUGGAUGGCAAAAUGCACGACUCUUCUCCUUUUAACUAUGGCUGUUCUGAGUUGUGCUGGACAAGAGCAAAAUGCCGAAGAUGUCCAGGACGUGGGUCAGACCUCUCUUUUGAAGAGAGAAAAAAGGGAGCUGUUGAGACGUUCUAAAAGAAGGUGGGUCCUUACGACUAUAGAAGUAACAGAACAAGAUGAAGGUCCUUUUCCUAAGCAUGCUGCAACACUAUUUAAUGACCAGGUAGUAAACUACCAACUGAAAUAUGUGAUCAGUGGACGUGGGGUGACUGAGCAUCCAAUAGGAAUAUUUUCUGUUAAUGAAACUGAUGGCAGAGUAUUUGUGCAUAAACCCAUUGAUCGAGAGAUAUAUCCUGAAUUUCACGUAAAGUUUGAUGUUCUUGACAGGGCGACCAAUAGGGUUGUGGAUAGAACGCUAGCAUUUGAUGUUGAGGUCAAAGAUGUGAAUGACAAUGCGCCAGAAUUCACAAUCCCUGUGCAGAAUAUCACUGUUAAGGAGACCACAAAUGAAGGUGACCUACAACUCAAUAUAGAAGCAAAUGAUAUUGACCUUCAUGGGAGUCCCAAUUCAGAAUUUAAUUUUAAGAUGAUUUCACAAACUCCUUCUUAUCCAGCAUUUAGUAUUAGAAGGAUCACAGGUACAAACAAAGCAAUUAUAUCUUUCAAAGGGUGCUUUGAUUAUGAGAAAGAAAAACAAUAUAGGAUCCUUGUGGAGGCAAAAGAUAAGGGAGAACCAACUCUUUCCUCUACAGCAACAAUCAAUAUCAACAUUGAGGAUGGAAAUAAUCACCCCCCUGUAUUUACUAAACAGAAAUAUGAGGCCGAAGUGCACGAGGGGGAUGUGAAUGUGGUUAUCCUGAGGAUGGCUGUGAAAGAUGAAGACAACCCAAACACACCUGCAUCAAAUGCCGUGUUCAAAAUUUUGUCAGGCAAUGACAAUGGCAAUUUCCAAAUAGAGACCAACAAAACCACCAAUGAAGGAAUCCUGUCAGUUAUCAAGGCUAAAGAUUAUGAGGAAGCCUCUUUGAAGAAUUUAGUGAUUGCAGUUGAGAAUGAAGAGCCACUAUUCACUUGCCCUGGCACAGCUUCCCAUCGGAAUCUAUAUGGGCCACAGACUGUUAACGUGUCUGUAGCUGUGAAAAAUAUUAAUGACGCCCCUGUGUUUCAAGGUCUUAAACCUGUGUAUGUCUCUGAGGCGGCGAAGCCAGGCACAGUUCUGACGACACUUGUCGCCAAGGAUGACGAAACACAUCUGAGUAAAAUGAGGUAUGAAUUGGUAUCAGAUCCUGCUAACUGGGUUGCUGUUAAUGAACAGACAGGCCAGAUUACAAAUAUCAAGGAGAUGGACAGAGAAUCACCCUUUGUUAAUAACAGCAUAUAUGCAAUUGUUGUACAUGCUAUUGAUGAUGGUGAUCCACCAGCAACCACCACAGCCACUGUUUUAAUUCACCUGAGCGACGUCAAUGACAACAAGCCCUACCUCAUCACAAAAAACGUGCACAUAUGUGGAGACUUGGAUCAAAACUCAGUGACAGUCACGGCUGGGGACAAAGACAUUGAGCCCUAUUCAGGGCCUUUCGCUUAUGAGCUGCUGGACAAAGGCCAGGAUGUGAAAACAAAAUGGAAACUGGAUCAAACAAGUGGAGAUUCAGUUGAUCUCAGGAGUCUACAGCGUCUUCCGAAUGGAAAUUACAGUGUGCCUUUAAAAAUCGAGGAUAAGCAGGGUCAGUCUGCAGAGGAGAAUCUGUAUGUACAGGUCUGCGAUUGUGAAGGAAUGAACCAUUGUAGACCCUUGAAAGCUAAGUCCUCAGCUCUAGGUGGUGCUGCCAUUGGAAUUCUGUUAAGCUCUCUGCUCCUUCUUCUGCUUCUUCUGUGCCUAUGUCUGCUAUGCAGCAGUGGAAGGGAGACUUUAAAAAAAAUCCCCAUCUAUGGCCAGGAUGAAGGAAACCAAACUCUCAUUAAAUACAAUGAAGAGGGUGGGGGGUCCAUGAGUCAGACCGGGCAGACAAUCAUUAUGAAUGUCAUGGGCAGUAAUGGAGCUACGGAUGGAGUGAAGCAGGCAACACUGCCGCUGCACGCUCAGAUUCGUCCCUGGUCAGGGAUGAGGUCUGAUGAGACUGAUGGCACGAUGUAUAGGAACGGCAUAAAUUCGGGAACACUACUACAUGAGAUUCCCACUCGUUCACAAUCUCGUCAAAGCCUGUGGAAUAGCAGAAUGAAUAUCAAUGAAGAUGGAACUUUAAAAUACUCCAGAUCUAACAGCAUGAGACUGCAUGGUUUUGACGCCGCACAGAAUGAACUACAAGAACACAUAACAAGGCGGCUGUACCAGUUGAGAGAUAUCGAGGAUGAUGUCACACAAAAUCUUCCACACAUCUACGCCUACGAGGGUCAGGACAGCCGGCACCAGUCUCUGGAUCGGCUCUCCAUUGCCAACAGCUCCAAUAGCUUGAAUUUCCUUCACAACCUAGGGCCAAGGUUCAAUACGCUGGACAGGAUAUGCCACCAGACUAUGCAGGAGAAAGGCAUGAAAUUAUGAACAUUUUUUGAACAAAGGUCUUGUGCAACUGUUGUGCAAAAACUAAGCAACAUGCAGUGCAAUGAAAUAUGAGUAAUGAUACGAGCUGCCACACUUGGAAUUUUAAAGUAAAACCCUUGCAAUAGGGGUCAAGUUGAAAAAAGUCAUGGAAAUUAAACUUUGCUUCAGAACACUUAAUGCCAUUCCAGCAGUUUGAAAAAAACUACUUAUCCUUUUGUGGUAUAAAGAGCUGUAGAAAGACAUGUUACAUGGCAAAAGCACAGUAUAUUUUGUCUUCAGAGCUGUGUUUUUCAUAUUUAACAGUUUCAAUUGUCACUGAAAAUGGGAAUUGUACCCACAGAUUGUACCCACAGAUGAUAGAACUGAAAAUUAAACACCACUUCUUUUAUAGGGACAAAAUCUGAACCUGUCUGAUGUCUUUUCCUGGUAAUUAAUGGAAAUGACAGAAAAAACAUAUGAUAAUGUGUACAAAAUAAUGGUUAGAGAUAGCUAAGAAGGGUUUAGAAGAGAAAGGUCUUAACUGACUUACUAUUUACUGUAUGUGACCCACAGUGUGACAAACAAUAUUAUUUAAGGAUGUAACAUGCUAACUUUAGAUUUCAGAAAGGUUUUGAUAAAACCCUUUAAGUUUCAGUACGUUUCUGAUCUAUACCAGAGACAGAAAUAGGAAUAUACACUGUACAUGUCGCCAUAUCAUACAUAUCGGAUGAGUCUGACAAAAAGAAAUGUAUUUCCUUUAGAUACCUGUAGAUGUCCUCAUUAAACAAUGAGAGAUAGCAAAAAACUCAAAAUGCUUGUAAUGCUUGAGUUUAUUGGAUAGGACAAAAUCUGUAGAAUUUCAAUCAAAAGAAGUUAUGCCCAGGCUUUCCAUAAUAAUUAUAAUGACAUUUAUAAUGAUACCCAGUUUUGGUCAUCAUAACUAAAAGGUUAUAGCUUUAGAAAGAGUUCAAAAGCAGUAAAAAAAUGAGUACAAUAGUUACUAGGGAUUGUCACAUGCAAACACCUUAAAGAACGUAGAACAAACUAUUUUUAGAACAAAGGAGUUUGAGAGAUUCUUUUCAAGUGUAUAAAUCAUAAGGGCUAGAGAUAGGAACAACCCAGUGGAGUCCUUCAGACUUGGAGGUGAAAAAUGCAACAUUGUUUUGUAAAUUAAGAAUAAAGCCCUUAGGAAACAUUUAGAUGGAGAAUCGAGACAUUUCUUUACUUAAGGUUUUGAGUUUCUAGAAUAGGCUUCCCAACCAGGUGAAUCAGACUUUUAGACUCACUGAGGAACUGACCAAUCAAACAAGCAAGAUGGGACUUUUCAUUUGUUCUUAACUAAUGGAGAUGGUAGCAAAUAUUAAUGAAAGCUUAGAGAAAGCAACAGAAAGAAAAGCAGGUGAUUUUCUUUUGUUUGAUUUCAUUCUACAUGUAAAUGUAAUCAUGAAGCAUAAUACUGCCUAAACAUCCCUCAAAAACAGAAUCAAGGACAGUAAUUAUUUAAGGAAGAGGCAAUCUCAUGAUUCAUAUCAUGGGUGAAUAACUUGCUAAGGUGAUGGAAUGGGUAAACUGGAAGAAAGCACAUUUGAGGGGCGGAAUCAGGUCCAUAAAGCAGAACCUCAAAUCAGACAAGAUAGGUGGCGUUCUGUAUUAGUCAAUUUAAAGAUUUUGUCUUGCAGACAUUGUAUGCCCAUAGAAAAAGAAUUGGAAACUUCAAAAGAAAGAAUUAUAUGAUAUUGCAUUAUAGGUAAGCAAUUAUAUUACUGUACAAGGAAAUAUGAGGUGAUCAAAUUGACAGUAAAAAAGACAGUAAAGGAAAAAGUAGAGGUUAAAUCCACAGUGAAAGGUAAACAACACUGAUGUUGAUCUAAUUUAGUUAGAAGACCAUAGCAAACUGUAUGCAAAUAAUAUAGAAUUAAGAAGCCAAAUACAUGCUAAAUAUGCACUAUUUUAAAUAGCAAUAAUCUUUUGCUUUUUCAGACUCUUAACUAUACUGUACACUAUGCAUUGAAAUAUUAAAAACAUCAUAUUUCAUCAAACAGAUUACAUUUAUAAAUGAGUGCAUGAGGUUACCAUGAUAGUCUUUUCCCAGUUGUGCCUAAGUUACAUUUUCUUGCUGAAACUCUUUCAGAUAUACUUUAAAAUACAGCCAUCCCUUUUUUUUACUGAAACACUGCAUGACCUUAGAAAUUACAUAACAUAAAGCUGAAGUACAAUACCAGCUUUCUUGUCACAAUGAUCUGUUUCUUUAGAGAAGGUGAUGGUAAUUUCUCAAUUUUCUGUUAAAAAAUAGAUGUGAACAGCAAAGCAUCUGUAAAAAAACUUUUCUGUUUUUCAUUAUGUUUGUUGUUGGGUAGUAGAGUUAUAAAUAGUGGUAUACAAUACAUUGUUAAAAUGCAACAGUAUUUGGGGUUAUUUUUUGUAAAAGCAAAUGUUGACUGGUAUGUAAAUACUGCAGUAUUCUGGUACAGUUUUAUGGAAUGUUAUUUUUUAACUUAAGACAAUAUAGGUAUUUUGAUUUUAGAUGUGUAAAACAUUAAACCUGGGCUUUUAGACCUUUAUAUUAUAUUUUUUAAAUAUAGUAUUCUUGUAAAUACAUUUAACACUGCAUUACAGACAUCAUUGUAAGGAAAUAGAAAGAAUUGUAUGGUUGCGUCCUUAAAAAUGUCUAUAUUGGAAUUUGUAUCAAAAGUUCCAUGUUUCCUAAAUUUUUUCUACCUAAGCAAGCCUUAAUAAAAGUUAUGGACUUAAAGGGUUGUGUGUUAAACUUUAAGUUUUUACAUUCUGUUGCAGAAUUUGAAGACGCAAUUUACAUUUGUAUGACUUCAAAAUACAACUUGUUAAUUGAGUAUGGUACGAAUUAUAAGCAAAUAUUGUAGCAAAUAUUGCUUUGUAGUAUCCAGUUAUUGCAAAUACAUACAAUUCCCAAUCAAUGCUACUAUGUCUAACUACUUGGAACUGCAACUCUUUUAGUUUAAUUUAGCUUGUGUGGUAUAUAAUAGCCAAUCUGUAAAAUCCAUAAAUGGGCAUUUAAA